GAGGCGCUGCUGUUUCCCAGAGUCUACCUGCUCGCCCAGCACCCAUGAAUUCAGAUAAAAAUGUGUACCUCGGCAGAGACAAAGGCAUCAUGCGGAAGAGAGCCUUGCUCCUUCGGAAAGGUUGCAGCUUCGAGAUUACCAGCUCUGCCUCGGAGGACUUGGGCUGCCGGCGUGGAGACUUCAGCAGGAAACACUAUGGUUCGGUGGAGCUGCUAAUUUCCAGUGACGCAGAUGGGGCCAUUCAGAGGGCAGGGCGCUUCAGGGUGGAGAAUGGCUCGUCGGAUGAGGCCUUGGACUACACGCCAGGAACCUGGAGGAGAACCGAUGUCCAUCUGGAGAAUCCAGAGUACCACACCAGAUGGUUCUUUAAAUACUUUCUGGGAAAAGUCCACCAGAACUAUGUGGGUACAGAUGCAGAGAAGAAUCCCUUCUACCUGUCAGUCGUCCUCUCAGACCAGAACAACCAGCGGGUUCCUCAGUACAGAGCCAUCCUCUGGAGAAAAUCGGGCACUCUGAAGAUCAGCCUCCCCUACAGCCCAACCAAAACACUAUCAGUCAAGUCCAUCCUAAGUGCAAUGAACAUGGACAGGUUUGAGAAAGGCCCCAGGGAGAUCCUCAACCCGGAGAUUCAGAAGGAUCUGCUGGUGUUGGAAGAACAGGAGGGUUCUGUCAACUUUAAAUUUGGCGUCCUGUUUGCCAAAGAUGGACAGCUCACAGAUGACGAGAUGUUUAGCAAUGAGACGGGGAGUGAGAGCUUCGAUAAGUUUCUCACUCUGCUGGGUGAUUCCAUUACGCUGCAGGGAUGGGCAGGUUACCGCGGAGGGCUAGACACCAAGAAUGACACUACAGGAAUUAAGUCCAUCUACACAGUGUAUCAGGGCCAUGAGCUCAUGUUCCAUGUGUCCACCAUGCUACCCUACUCUAAAGAGAACAAACAGCAGGUGGAGAGAAAGAGGCACAUUGGAAAUGACAUUGUUACCAUAGUAUUCCAGGAAGGGGAUGACGCAUCGUCAUCCUUCAAACCGUCUAUGAUCCGAUCGCACUUCACCCAUAUUUUUGCAUUAGUUAGGUAUAAUAGCCAGAAUGACAGUUACAGGUUGAAGAUUUUCUCAGAGGAGAGUGUUCCACUGUUUGGACCCCCUCUCCCAUCUCCGCCUGUAUUUACUGAUCACCACGAAUUCAGGGACUUUUUAUUAGUCAAAUUAAUCAAUGGAGAGAAAGCCACACUGGAGACGCCAACGUUUGCCCAGAAGCGUCAGCGGACCCUUGACAUGUUGAUCCGCUCGCUCUACCAAGACCUCAUGCCUGACCUGCACAAGGUUCCUUUUUCUCCCCAGAACAUGUUAAACCGGCGGUCCUUCAGCGACGUGCUGCCUGAGUCUCCAAAGUCAGCACGCAAGAAGGAGGAGGCACGGCAGGCUGAAUUUGUCAGAAUAGGUCAGGCUCUGAAGCUGAAGACCAUUGUGAGAGGAGAUGCCCCAACUAGCCUUGUUACCACCGGCCUGUGCAGAAAAGAGCCAUGGGAGUCCCAGUCGUUCUGCAGCACGUUCCCCUAUGAGAUCGUGUGUGCCGACUCCUGGGGUCAGUCUCUGCUGGCUGCCACCGACGCGGCUGGGGUCAUGCUGCUUGAUGGCCCUGAUCCAGCUCAGCCCAAUGCUGAGACGCAGUCUGUGCCCCCAGUCCAGGUGUUUGACAAAACCAUGGUGGUGAAGCAGCUGCACGUUCUCGAGCCUCAGGACCUGCUUAUCACCAGGGCUGACAAAGGGAAGGACGCUCGGCUCUACGUGUACAGACUCAGCACUCUCAAGAGAGGCCUGGAGGAGAAGCAGCUCGUCAGGAACAAGUGUGACAGCCGGGAGAAUAAACUGGAGAAAACCAAAGGCUGUCAUCUGUACUCCAUCAACACCCACCACGGCUCAGAGCUGAGGAUCGUGGCUGCCAUCAGGAACAAACUCCUCCUCAUCACCAGGAAACAUCCACGGUUCGAAGGCUUGAGCGCCAUCGCCCCGGCAGCAGACUCACCGGUGGAGGAGUUUCAGUACAUACGGGAGAUCUGUCUGUGUGACCCGCCGGUGGUGAUGGCUCUGGUGGACGGGCCGACCGGGGAAAAUGACAAUAUGAUCUGUGUGGCCUAUAAGCAUCAGUUUGACCUGAUCAAUGAGAGCACUGGCGAUGCCUAUCGACUACACCAUGUAGAUGCCAACAGGGUAAAUUUUGUAGCAGCCAUUGAUGUGUAUGAAGACGGGGAGGCAGGUCUGCUGCUGUGUUACAACUACAUUUGCUACUAUAAGAAAGUUUGUCCGUUUAACGGCUCCACACCGAUGAUCCAGUCCAACACCUCCGAUUUCCACUUCAGCUGGAACCAGAUGCCCAAUGCUAUUGUUUGUGCAUUUCCUUACAUCCUGGCCUUCACAACGGACUCCAUUGAGAUCCGACUGGUUGUCAAUGGCAACCUUGUGUACACAGCAGUGGUCCCAGAGCUACAGUUGGCUGCUUCACGGUCGGACAUAUAUUUUGUCUCUUCGGCUCCGGUGAGCUCAGCCUCCAACUGCAGUUCGAGAGACACCAGUUCCCAGAGUUCCCCGCAGACGCCCACCGGCUACGAGAUGCCCGUGUUCCCUUCGCCGCUCGGUGAUGAUUCUAUACGGAUCCCCUAUGGUACCAAGCUUUCCCUGUACAUGUCUAAGGAUGCUGAAGGUGAAUCAGCAUGUAAGCACAUGUUCAAGAUCCCUCUGUGUAACCUGGUGGGCCGCAGCAUCGAAAGACCCCUCAAGUCCCCUCUGGUCAACAAGGUGAUGACGACGCCGGCUCCCCCCAUGGUGACCCCAACUCCCCUCAUCUCCGCCACGCACUCUAUGUCCCUGUCCCGCAUGGAGAUCAAAGAGAUAGCCAGCCGCACACGCAAGGAGCUGCUUGGCUUAACAGAGGAGCCGAGCGGAAAGUCAGACAGUGGAACAGUCAAACAGAGGAGGAUGAGCAAGAAGAACACAGAGGAAGACCCCAAAGCAAGAGCACUGACGUCAACAAACAGUGACAGGUUAGCCUCGGAGUCCGUUGAAGCAGACCUGGACGUCCAGUUGCAUUGUUCGUCCGGUUCGGAGGCCGAGCAAGAGAAGGUGGUGCUGCGAGCGGAGAGCCCGACUCUCGCCAGCACGUUUGCCCUGUCCACAUCCUUCGAAGAAGAUGUCCUGGACCUAAAGUGAAGACAAUCCCACCGUGCACUUCUCUGCCCACUCCUGUACUGUCACCAUUCUUUUCUUCUUUUGGUUGGUUUUGUUUUUAGAUUUUGUUGUUUGUUGAAUUCGUUUUCCUUUCCUUUUUUUUUUUUUUUUUUUUUGUUGUUCAUACCCCUGUAUCUUGGGUCUCCCCAUUCAUCGGACAAGAUGGGUGCAGUGGGAGUUAGAAGAAGUGUCUGAGUGCGUUUGUUUUUCGCAAGCAUACCCUCGGCCACUGCGUGUUGGGUGUUUGUGUUGCCCCGCAGCAAAAAACCCAAAGAGGCAGUGAGGUUGUGUUAGAUGCCGUGGUUUAUUCGGAGCUCUGCAACAGCCUUGAGAUAAUGUUACCGGUUUGAUCCCAAACCACAAACUGAAUGUAAAUCUGCGCACCGAGGCACGACAAAAAUCCCUGCGUUUCACAAUUCCCUCUCAAGUUGCUAGAGCUUAAUAUUUGUUGUAUAUUAUGUGAUUAUUUCCACUUUCAAAUGUUGUAUGAUAUGCAUAUGUAUGUGUACAUCUGUUUAUACAUGAAAAGUGCAUACACAGUGAUGGGCAUGUAUGCCUGUCAUGCCUGUGAUGCAUAUUUAUAGAUAUAUUAUAAGAAAAUCCAUUUUAUUCCCCUAUUUAGUGAAAGUAUGAUGUUUUAUGCUCUCUGCACAUAUUAUUCCUUAUUAUUCUCCCUAUUCACAGUAUACAGGUAGACAGGGCUGGAGGCAAAGUCUCCCACAAGUGCCAUUUCCCAGCAUCCUCCACUUAACUACACCUCUAACGGCCACCAUAUUCUGGUGUCUGACAGUAGCAGCCAUGACUGUAGUCCUCAUUAGAGAUUACUAUAUGGUGUCCCUGAACUCCAUUCAGUUUGGAUAAAAUUCACUAACUGGAGGCAAUCUCUUAUAAGAGUGAGACGUACCUAAUACUGCAUGACCUGCCUUUGCUUCAUGUAUUGUGACUUCUGCUCCAAAAUAAAAUUGCUUAUACAGAUACCAUAAGGUCUGGGACCUCAUACCAAACAUAGCAUCAUAAAGCAAACCAUAACCUGAGACAACGGGAGUGUGGAUGUUUUACUAGAGUGUCAUGUGUGACGGGCCAGGGUACGAUGUCACAGCAAAGGACAAAACUACAAGUAAUACCUGAAAACUAAAGUUAAAAUACAUUAUAUUGUCGUAAACUAAAAAGAUAAAAACAUAAACUCAAACUACAGGACUGUAAAAUAACUCAAAUUCAAAAGCAUAGAAAAUAACCUCAUAAGUCCUGUUGGUUUUCAUUUCAGAUGUCCUGUAAAACUCUGAUUUACAGCUGGGACACAGGGUGCAAGGUGCAGCUAUGAAUUAUGGGCCAAUUCAUGCGACGCCAGUUUUAUUCCCAUCUUGUCCCAUGCGUUUAAUGAAAAAUAACAUGUGUUGAAAGCCAACAACCCUGCACAUAGUUUAAUUUCCUGAUCUAUUAACUGAUGGGUUUGAUGGUCAGAACAAACAGUAGCUACUGGUGCUCAUAACUAGAUGUUAAUUGGCUGUCUUUCAUGCAAAUCUGUCUUAAUGACAACCUUUAGUCUGAACAAGGAAUACUUGUUCCAGUUUGUCACUGACAUCCUGACUUUUCUUAUUAUAUGAUGUAAAUUUGAAACCAAUCCUGUUUCAAGCUCUAACAGGGUGAACCUAAAGGGGUACUGGGGGUAUUUAGUUUUGGAUUUCCAUAAAGCUGGAGGACUCUGAAGAGAUAUGUCUGAAGCCCAAGCAGAAAGUUCCCUCUAAGACCGCAGAAAAAAGUAGUACUCCGUCGUAUUCUUCCUUGUUUUUGGCACCAAACUACUUCAACACCGUUCAACUCGGAAACUUCAAAAUCUUCAUUGAGGAAAUUGUGUGAAUUGCUUGUAGUGUUUGUAUCUUUUAUGGGUGAAGCAUUUUUCAGGAAGUUUACCCACAUUCAAAUGAAUGGAUGCAAUGUUCAGAGGUAGAGUGGGGUUGAGCUGUUAAACUCUUGAAACUUAAAAUUGUCUCCUCAACUUCCUCUUACUCCCAUAAUUUUCACUCUUCAUACACCAUUCUUUUUUUACCAAAGUGUAAAAAACUUUGUCCUUUCUAAGAAAACUGGCUCACACAGUUUACGCAAUGAGUCACAGGAGUCCCCUCCAAUCGUUCCAUUGACCCCAAUGUUACCGAGAGGAACUUUUAGGAACAAAAGGGACCCAAUUUUCACAUUUAGAGACCGAAAACAUACAUUCUGCAGAGCACACAAGUAACAGGAAUUUCACUCUUUGUGUUUAAGUGUUAGACUCUUCUUAAUCUCAAUUAACUGAACACACAUUUAUUAAAAAAUGUAUAAAAAUGUAUAAAAAACUCCUCAAGUUCUUACACUAAAACACUCAUUUCAACACCUUGCAUUGCUUACACUAUAUUUGCACCAUUUCCUUCCAUUACAACUCUUCAUACUCCAUUCACAUGCUCCUUCAUAUAAAAGUUAAGCCAGCCAUGCUGUUUAGCUCCCAGCCAUCCAUCAGGCGUUACAGUCCGGCCUCCAGCUUUUCAGGCAAUGCUGUUCAGCUCCCAGCUAUUUGUGAAGCAACACAGUUUAGCGUCAGCUUUUCAGCCAGCACUCAACCCCACUGCGACUUCUUCAUAAAUGGCAUUCUCAAUUAUAAACACACUUUUUCUUUCGAACUGAGCACUGAGGAAGUUACAUCAUUCAGUGUGAACUAUGGAUAUUGCAUGAAACAGGGAAAUUGUUCUGAGUAAUGAACACAAGGAAGUCAGUAAAGUCCAAAGAGAAAGCUUUGAGGAUAAACUGGUACUGUAGGUAGGGCAACAAACUGGGAGCAGUGGUUCUGACUAUGCUGAUGUGGGUAUGCGAGCGCCUCUGUGGUGGUUUCACAGCACAGCAGCCUUCAGAUGUUGCAUGAGCCUCCUUCUCUUUACAGCUCACGCCUUUUCCUCUGUUCUCCUGCCUGUCUCAGUGUGAACCCCUCAAACACUAUAACUCAAGUCAGAAAGAUUAAAAAGGGAAAAAGAAGAAUGGGAUAGGGCUGAGGAUUUUUAAAAAGGUACUCUAGUGUUUAUUUCUCUGGGUGAGUGGCGGUUUCUGGGGGAAAACCUGUCAGUUACAGUUUGUGACACUGCUUCUCUCACGUAUGAUGUUCCUAUUUCUCUUGUAUUUCUGUCAAGUACUCUUUGUUCCUACCUCCCCUUGGCAUUUUCACUGUUUUUUUUUUCUUAUUUUUUCUUAUUUUUUAUUUUUAUUUGAAUCUAUAUUUACUGUUUAGACUGUUGCUGAACCUCUCUGUGAUAUCAAAAUGAAAGAAAAUUAACAAAAAAAACACCAAGUGUCUUAAAAAUAUUGUAUCGCCAUCGUUUUUAAUGCCAAGUACUACUUGUAAAUGUUUGUGUAUCAAAUGUGGCCUCAAAUGAAACUGAACUAUAUUAUUAUUAUUGAUAUUAUUAUGAUUAUUAUUUGAGCAAUUAUUUUAAACAAGUGCUGUAGACCACUGCUGUGAAAGUAGUCGAUUCUGUUCAUUG